UUCAGCACCUCCCGGACGUAAGUCUCUGAUUGGUGGAAAGUUUCGCUUCCCCCCCCCCGUAAAGUUUUGCAACCUUUACUACAGUCCCUUGCCACUCUGACCCUUUAGUUGUGGAAGUUGCUUAGUUUGGUAAAGGAUCACUUUCUCCAGCGUCGAAACUGUUUUUUUCAUGCCUUUUUAUUGUUCCUCAUGAUGGCUUCGCCACAAGGUUUAACUCUGAAGGAUAACAGCGUCUCUGACCCGGAGCUCCAAAGGGCUGCGGAAAUUGCUUUGAGCGAACAUAAAGUGCCAGUGUCGAGCCUCCCGUUCAGUGUUGAAGCGUUGAUGUCCGAUCGGAAGCCGCACCGAGGCAUCUUCCCCCCUUUGGAUGGGGCAGGCGGCAGCACAUCGCAGAAGCUCCCCUCCAAAUCGGUGGCCAGGGAGUCGCAAAGUCCCAUCGACUCUCCCUGCCCACUGGAAGGUUUUAUAAAAACUUACGACGGCUCGCCAGUGAAAUCCGAAAACUGCAAGGAAGAAGAAUGUGUGCCGUGGGUGAAAAAUUCCAGUUACUCGCCUCCUCCAAACAGACAUUUGAGCCCCACUUCUUGCACUCUGAGAAAGCACAAAACCAACAGGAAACCCAGGACGCCCUUCACCACCUCGCAGCUCCUGGCUCUGGAGCGCAAAUUCCGGCAGAAACAGUACCUGUCCAUCGCGGAGAGAGCAGAGUUCUCCAGCUCCCUCAACCUCACAGAAACCCAGGUUAAAAUCUGGUUUCAAAAUCGCAGGGCCAAAGCAAAGAGACUGCAAGAGGCCGAACUGGAAAAGUUCAAAAUGGCAGCGAAGCCUAUACUACCCCCGGGGUUGAGUCUGACUUUUCCUAUGAAUUCCCCAAUGCACGGAGCUUCACUUUAUGGACACACUUAUCCUUUCCACAGACCUGUGCUCCCAGUCCCCCCUGUAGGACUUUAUGCCACUCCUAUCGGAUACAGCAUGUACCAUUUAUCUUGAAAAAAAAGCACAAUCAUAGAAGACUCAAACUUUCAAAUAUAUUUGAAACGAUGCCAGCGCUUUUAACAUUUGUUUUGAUCGCUGUCCCUUUGAAAGGGAUAUUAUGUACUAUUUUAUAUAUAUGGAGAUUUAUUAUUUCUUAUACCUUAUAUUUGUGAAUAAAUUAAAAUAAUUGUUGAAUAUUA